AUGGUGACUGCACUAUUUUGAUUUAAGCGUGUCAAACGACGAGAAAUGAAUUUAGCAGCAGGAAGGGCAAAAAACGGGCAUCACAAUGCUCCAGCACGCAUUCGCCACUGUUACACUUAUCGACUUAUAAAACGCAAAGUGCCAAACACGACUGUUUUCGCUGUGCUGCUUCUGUUUAGUAUCAUUAAAGACAUUGCGCAGAUAGCUCUGAAGAUCUUGAAACUGGAUGGCGAACAUGAUGACCGGAUGUUGCGAACCUAUGAUCAGCGUUGUCAGGCAUCCCGAUCUACGCGCUUACAUUUGUUAAAAGCACACUGUACUAAUACUCCCAAUUCCUGCUUCCAGGAAAUGGCGAAAUUUUUGAACGAGGUUGAACAGUGUUACAGGCAGUGGGAUAAAGUGAAUAAGACGCUGACACAUUCACUAUCUGAUUUUGCUAAUGCUGUUAUUUAUGCAUUCAGUGUGUACAGUACAAUAGGAUAUGGUAAUAUGGCUGCUGAUACUCUGGGAUGUCGAGUGGCAACGGUUAUUUACGGGGCGUUCGGAAUACCACUGUUUUUUGCCUUCGUUAAGGAAGAAGGCAACUUAUUGCGACUUUUUUUCAUAAGAUUCUACAGAUUUAUUCGACGAUCCCGAAUAACAAGUUGUGUCGAUCUCAGGCACCUGGAAAGACCGAAAAAAGUGCUCGAAGAUGGAAACCUGCUGUCGGAUGCAGCUGCUUUCUCGAGUAAAACACCCGAAUGUUUGCGCAAACACUCAAAUGGUUGGAAAAGUAUGAGUGCGGAUUCUGGCCAUUCCUGGUUUAAGCCAUCCAGUACUAGCGAGCAGAGGAGGGUAUUUAUUGCGGGUGUUGUGAUAUUUAUUGCCUAUCUAUUAGCAAUAAGUGGUGUUUUUACCUUAAUGACCGAUUGGGACUACUUCACUGCGUUUUAUUUCUUAUUUAACAGCGUUGCACUCAUUGGUUUUGGGGAUGUUUUCCCUUCGGAGCCAAGAAUUAUCCUCGUUAAUACAUUGUUUAUUGUGCUGGGUGUUGUGUUAUUUUCAAUGUGUUAUUUUAUUCUUCAGGAGGAAAUACGGGAAAAGGUUUGUUUUUUUUUUUUUUUUGAAUUGGUUACAGCAAAAAGCACCACCUUUCUUUAG